AUGUUCCAAUCUAGACUUUUAAUAAACAACUCUAGUAUUUAAUGCUCUAAUAAUCAUACUGGAAGUGAAAUUUUAUAAAUCAGACUUGAUGAUGAAUAUAAAGGAUCUCAAAAAUUAAUGUGCAGCGAAUGUAUUACUAAUUAAAGAGGAAUCUCACAUGUUAUGUCUUUUGUAGAAGCAACAGAUAAAAUAUAUGACUUAAAGAAUUAAUAAUAUGAGCAAAUAGUAGAAUCUAUUAGACCAUACAAAAUUAUGCUAGAUAAAUAACUUGACAUUUUAAAUAAUCUAUAGACUAGAAUUUAUGAAUUAAUUUCAUCUCUAAAAUAGAAAAUAGAAGAUUGGAAAACAGGAUUAAAUGAAUUACUUUUAUAGUAUUGUGAUUGUGAUUUACUUAAAGAAAUUGAUAACAUUACCUUAUCUCCUAAUUAAAUUUUAGAAAAAUAAUAAUAAGUUGAUGCUAAAAAUAUUGAUUCAAUCAAUAACACUUAUUAUUACAAGGCUAAUGAAAUCAUCUAAACUUUAAAAUCUGAAAUACAUAAUUGGAAUCCUUUUUCAGAUGAAUAAGGAAAAUUCUAUAAUUUUUCUAUAAAAUAAAAUUUUAAAUAAAUUUAGACUAAUGUUCCUAUUACUAUAAAAAUAUAAGAAAUCAAACAAUAGUAAUCAUGUUGGGCUAUUGCAUUCAAUAAUUCCAAUUCAAUAAUGGUUGCUGGAUCAGAAGAAAAUAUUAAAAUUUGGAAUUAUUAAAAUAAAUAAUUUAUUGAUUCAGGAAUUAUACUAAAAGGUCAUUUUGAUUAUGUACAGUGUUUGACUUUUAGCAAAACAAAAAAUUGGUUUGCAUCAAGUGGAUUGGAUGAACAGAUUAUAUGUUGGAAUUAAAUUAGUAUAAAUGAAUGGCAAGGAAAUAAAUUUAAUAAUUAUGGUCAAGGUGUAAUUUAAUGUUUAAUAUUAACAAAAAAUGAAGAUUUAUUGAUAUCGAGUCAUGACUAAAAAAUUAAAUUAUGGAAUGUCAAUCAAGAGUUUAACACUAUUACAUUUAAAUAAUAAUUGGAAAUGCACAAAUUAACAGUUUUAUGUAUUUGUAUUAAUGAUGAAUAAACAUUUAUGAUAUCAAGUGCUUUAGAUAAUUAAAUUAUUCUUUGGUAAAAAAACUUUUAAAAUAAUUGGUCAUUCAAAUGUAUUAUUAAUAAAACUGUUAAAGAUUGUGGAACUAGAAUAAGUUUCAUUUCAAAUUAAGUAUUUACUUGGCAAUAAAAAAACUAAGGAAUCUUACAUAUUUUUUGUUUUGAAAAUGGAGAAUUUAUUGAAAAGCCAGAAUUAAAUGUCAAAUUCAAUUUAGAAAAUGAAUAAGAUGGUUCUUAACUUUUCCCAUCUAUAUAUAAUAAACAUAAAUAAAUUUUAAUAAUAAAGCAUUAGAAAAAUGUGUAUAUUAUGAAAAAAGAUAAUUAAAAUUAGUUAAAAUUAUAUGGUGAUCCUAUUAAGUGUGAAACUCAAUUUAAUUAUGGAGCAAUAACUAAUGAUUGUAGUUAUUUAGUUAUUUGGAAUUUAGAAACUAGAUCAUUUAAUCUUUAUUAGUUAAAUUUAUGA